AUGGCUGAUGUUUUCAGAAGCCUGAACCUCCUAGAGACCAUCAAAGAGUCCAUAGAGCUCAAUAAGUUAUCAGAUGUCAAGGAUGCAGUGGAAGAUCUCCUGAUCAGCAGGAUCAACUUAGCUGUGAUGGGGGCCCGUGGGGAUGAAAAAUUUGCCUUUAUAAACUCCCUCCUUGGCCUCGGUCCUGGGGACGACGGAGCAGCUCCGUCUCCAUCAUCUGUUGCCCCAGAGGAAUUGGCAGUUUACCCAAACCCUAAACACCCUGACUUUCGCCUGUGGGAUCUGCCACCUGUCCCAUCCGCCUCUCCAUUUGAACCCGAGGGAUACAUGGAUAGAGUUAAAUUCCCCCGCUAUAAUGCCGUCUUAAUGACAUUCACACAGACGCCCCAACCCAACAGUGUGGACGUGUUCUUGGAGGCCCGGUCACAGCAGCGGCAAACAGUGUAUUUUAUUCUCUUAGCUUCAGCAAAAGACACAGAAAAAAGCCUAGAAGAAAAGAGGAAAGCCAGUCUGGAAGUGCUGACAUCUCAGGGUGUGACGCUGCCUAAAGUCUACCUGGUGAGACCCUCCACCCUGGAGAACUUUGACUUCCCCGGCCUGUUGGAGGACAUGGGAGGAGACCUUCCAGAGAUCCGAGCCCACGCCCUUCUCUUGGCUCUCCCGACCCUUACCUCCACUCUGGUCACUCAGAAAAAGGAAGCAUUCAAAGCCCUAGUAUGGGCAGCUGCCUCGUUAUCUGGUGGGGUGUCGGCUAUUCCUGUUCCCUUUGUGGCCUCCAUGGUGGACUCGAGUGUCGCAGUGCGGAUUCUAACCAAAGCACAAUUAUCUCUGUGCCUGGACGAUGAUUCGGUCGAGCGACUGGCCCGACAGCGGGGCAUGGAACCAACAAGACUUAAAGGGCUGCGGACUUGUGUGUUGUCAGUGGAGGUUACUAAAGGUGAAGUGAAAAAGCGGCUGGCAGCGACAGAAAAAGACUUGGCCACGGUUUCAUCUAAACUGGUGGAGAUGGCGAUGCCCGUUCAUGCCCGUUCUGCCAGCCGCUCCUUCUCUGCCAUGCUGCAAGCAUUAAACAGCGCCAUGGAUGAAAUGGCAGCUGAUGCUGAGAAGAUAGUGGCUGUUGCUCUUGGGGAGGGGAAGUAA